AUGGAACUGGAUCGCCCGAAGAUCGAGAACGGUGCCAAGCAGCAUUUCAAUGGCGCUGUCCCGAUUAAACGCGCCCGGAUGGAUUUGGCUGCGACGGCUCCAGACGCAGCGUUGAUACAGAAGCAGAAGGAAGCCAACAAGCAAUACGGAAGAGGGAAGAAGAUCCCGUUAAAGGGAAUCAAGGACAGGAAACUGCGUGCGAAUCUUAGAGCACAAGAAUCGAAAUACCAAACGGCGAUAUUGCGAGCAAAAGAUGCGGAAAUAUUAAACGAAAAUACCGAGGGAUUCCUGGAACCAGAAACCGAAUUAGAAAGAACCUAUAAGGUCAAGCAACGAGACAUUCAAAGGGAUGUUGCGAUUGAGACUGCCAAAAAGGGAUUCGAGCUCAAGCUGGACUCGUUAGGACCGUAUGUGUGUGAUUAUACCCGCAAUGGAAGAGAUCUAUUACUGGCGGGGCGGAAAGGUCAUGUCGCUACCAUGGACUGGCGGGAUGGGAAGCUGGGAUGCGAAAUUCAAUUGGGAGAGACCGUAAGGGAUGCGAAGUGGCUGCGAAACAAUCAAAGCUUCGCUGUGGCGCAGAAGAAAUAUGUCUACAUAUACGACCAGGCAGGUGUGGAGAUACAUUGUUUGAAGAAGCAUAUCGAGGUCACGAAUAUGGAAUAUCUGCCUUAUCAUCAGCUGCUUGCCACCGUAGGCAAUGCGGGUUAUCUAAAAUACUUGGAUGUAUCCACAGGUCAAAUGGUCGUCGAGACACCAACCAAACUCGGGUCACCAACAGCACUCACCCAAAAUCCUCAAAACGCAAUCCUACAUAUGGGCCACCAGAACGGAACAGUCACACUCUGGUCGCCGAAUUCUUCAACUCCGCUAGUCAAGCUUCUCGCUCAUCGAGGUCCAGUCCGUGCAAUGUCAGUUGACCGUGAAGGUAGAUAUAUGGUCUCGACAGGCCAAGAUAUGAAGAUGUCAGUCUGGGACAUCAGGAUGUUCAAGGAGGUCAAUAGCUACUUCACACGCCAACCCGCAUCUUCUGUCGCAAUUUCAGACCGUGGCUUGACAGCCGUAGGAUGGGGAACCCAGACAUCCAUAUGGCGGGGUUUGUUCACCAAGCACGCUUCAGAACAAGAGAAGGUCCAAAGUCCAUACAUGGCAUGGGGUGGUGAGGGAAAGAGGAUAGAGCGGGUAAAAUGGUGUCCGUUCGAGGAUAUCUUGGGCGUAUCCCAUGACGCGGGAUUUUCGUCCAUCAUCGUGCCAGGAGCCGGCGAACCCAACUUUGACGCCCAUGAAAUUAAUCCCUACGAGAACACGAAGCAGCGACAGGAGAACGAGGUCCGGCAGCUGCUGAACAAGCUGCAGCCAGAGAUGAUCUCCUUGAACCCAGAAUACAUUGGUAACUUGGACUUGCGGACUGCGGAGCAACGCAAGGCGGAGCAAGAUUUGGACAAGAAGCCUGUAGAUCCCGUAGCGGAUAUCAAGAAUCGCGGGAGAGGAAAGAAUAGUUCGCUGAGAAAACAUCUCCGCAAGAAGGGAGGCAAGAAUAUUAUUGACGAGCGGAGAUUGAAGAUCGAGGAGAUGAAGAAAGCGCAGACAGAGAAGCAUCAGAGGCGGCUGAAGGAGUCGCAGCAAGAGCUAGGGCCAGCCCUGAGUCGCUUUGCUACGAAACGGGGGUGA